GUUUUGAACGCGAGGGUAUUUCAGCCAAUCACGUCGCUCGUUGCUGCGAUGUGCUCUGGCGUCUCGGAGCUCCCCUCUGAUCAUCAUGAUGGGACCACCAGGAAUACCACCUCAUUUCCCUCCCAUGGGAAUGCCUCCCAUUGGUCAAAGAGCUACCAGUAUGACCCCAAUGCCACCUGGAAUAUUGCCCCCUGGAAUCAUGCCACCAAUGGCUGCAGCACCUCUGGGACAGGUGCCAGGUAUGCUGCCACCCAUGAUGGGGGGGAUGAUGCUGCCUCCUCGCCUGCCAGCUACGACUAUGCAACCAACAGGGCCGCCUGGCGUUGACACCCCAGCUGCACCCGGAACGACGAGUGCUACAAAUGGAUCUCAACAGGAAGAACAGCAAAAAAAGAAAUCCCGCUGGACGGAACACAAAUCAGUGGACGGAAAAACCUAUUACUACAACACGGAGAACAAGCAGUCCACAUGGGAAAAGCCAGAUGAUCUCAAAUCUCCUGCAGAGCAAAUGCUGUCUAAAUGUCCUUGGAAAGAGUACAAGUCCGAGACAGGAAAGCCGUACUACUACAACUCUCAAACAAAGGAAUCCAGAUGGACCAAACCCAAAGAUCUGGAGGAUCUGGAAGCCAUGAUCAAGGCUGAGGAAAAUGGAACAACAGACGUCGUCGCUGCAGUAGCAGCAGCAUCAUCUCCUGUUGUCAUAGCGGAUCCUGUACUACAAGUAGACAACACAGCAUCUGCAUUGCCUGUUGUGAAAGCAGAGCCGGCUGAAGCCAUCCCAGAGGAACACACAUCCCAGGCCGCCGUUCAUCACACAGCUGAGGUCAAGACCGCAGACGCACCUGUGGCUUUAUCAGAGAACACCGACCCCAUUGAGGCCCCAGCCAGUGUUGAAGUCACAAAGGAAGAACGUCCUGAAAUUCAGAAGAAGGCUUACAAAUGGAACACGAAGGAGGAGGCAAAGCAGGCCUUCAAGGAGCUGCUCAAGGAGAAGGGUGUGUCUUCCAACUCUUCAUGGGAACAGGCUAUGAAAUUGAUCAUUAAUGAUCCUCGCUACAGUGCUCUCCCCAAGCUGAGUGAGAAGAAGCAGGCUUUCAAUGCAUAUAAAGUACAAACAGAGAAAGAAGAAAAAGAGGAGGCCAGAAUUAAGUACAAAGAGUCCAAAGAAACCUUCCAGAGGUUCCUGGAGAAUCAUGACAAGAUGACAUCUACUACUAGAUACAAGAAAGCAGAGCAGAUGUUCAGUGACCAAGAGGUUUGGAGCUGUGUUCCUGAGAGAGACAGACAGGAGAUCUAUGAAGAUGUUUUGUUCUAUCUGGCUAAGAAAGAGAAGGAGCGGGCCAAGCAACUGAGGAACAGGAACUGGGACGCUCUAAAGAACAUUCUGGACAACAUGGCCAAUGUCACCUACUGCACUACCUGGUCAGAAGCUCAGCAGUACCUGCUCGACAAUCCCACCUUUGCAGAGGAUGAGGAGCUACAGAAUAUGGACAAAGAAGAUGCACUUAUUUGUUUUGAGGAGCACAUCCGUGCGCUGGAAGAGGAGGAGGAGCAGGAAAAACAGAAGACUCUUCUCAGGGAGAGGAGGCGACAACGCAAGAACAGAGAAGGCUUCCAGAAAUUUCUGGAUGAGCUCCACGACCACGGCCAGCUUCACUCCAUGUCUGCCUGGAUGGAGAUGUAUCCCACCCUGAGCUCUGACAUUCGCUUCACCAACAUGCUGGGCCAGACAGGCUCCACUCCUCUGGACCUUUUCAAAUUCUACGUGGAAGACCUGAAGGCACGUUAUCAUGACGAGAAGAGGAUUAUUAAAGACAUUCUUAAGGACAAAAGCUUCCUGGUUGAAAUCAACACAACUUUUGAUGACUUCGGUACAAUCAUCAGCUCUGACAAGAGAGCAACUACUCUUGACGCAGGAAACAUCAAGUUGGCCUUCAACAGUUUGCUGGAGAAGGCCGAAGCGAGAGAGCGAGAGCGUGAGAAGGAGGAGGCGAGGAAGAUGAAGAGGAAAGAGGCGGCCUUUAAGGCCAUGCUGAAACAGGCCACGCCCUCACUGGAGCCAGAGGAUUCAUGGGAGGCAGUGAGAGAGAGAUUCCUGAAAGAAGCCACUUUUGAGGACAUCACAUUGGAGUCUGAGAGGAAGAGAAUAUUCAAAGACUUCAUGCACGUGUUGGAGCACGAGUGCCAACAUCACCACUCCAAGACCAAGAAACACUCAAAGAAGUCCAAGAAACACCACAGGAAACGAUCCCGCUCUCGAUCGGGCUCCGAAUCUGAAGAGGAAGAAUACCACAAGAAGAAGAAGCGUUCGGCCUCGAAAACUCCGUCCGAGCGCUCCUCCAGUGGUGAGUCAGAGAGAAGCUACAAGAAGUCCAAGAAGCACAAGAAGAAGGCCAAGAAGAGACGGCACAAGUCUCAGGGAUCACCUGACUCUGAGGCUGACAAGAAAGGAAGAGACGCCAAGCGAGAUAAAGACGCAGACAAAGAUAAAGAGAACGACAAAUCUCGAGGGAAGUCUCACUCUGACAGCAAACAGAAGUCCCCUAAACGCAAAGCAGCCAAGGAGGAGGGCGGCUGGGACACGUCAGGAAGUGAACUGAGUGAAGGAGAGCUGGAGAACAGAAGAAGAACUCUACUGGAACAGCUGGAUGCACCUUGAUGAUAUCAUACACACACACACACACACAGAUGCAUUCCCUUUGAACGCUUCUCAUUGUUAGACCAUGUGGGUACGCCCCCUUCAGGUCUCUGUUGGAAUGACACUGAACUGGUUUAGUUAGCGUCAAUAGGUAAUAUCAUUCGUAUGCAAGUUGAGCAUAUUUGAAUGUCAGCUUCAAAGAAAAUUAGUUUUAAUUUGAAUUUGAUGUGAAUGCAACAUUAAAUUCCAAAUUCUGUAGCGUUAUGUAAUAAAAAAAACUGAUCAAAUGCUGUCCUAUUUU